AUGCCAUUCUACAAAGAUCCUUCAGUGAAGUAUAAACCAUUCGUUAGCAACGUCAAAUUACAGGACAGGAAAUGGCCUAGUAAAACCCUUAAUAAGGCUCCAAGAUGGUUAGCUACCGAUUUAAGAGAUGGGAAUCAGUCUUUACCUGACCCGAUGAAUUUGGAAGAGAAGAAACUGAUGCUCGAUAAGUUAUGCGAAUUGGGUUUCAAAGAGAUUGAAGUUGCUUUCCCUAGUGCUUCUAAUAUCGAUUUCCAAUUCACUCAAUAUGCAGUGAAAAACGUACCAGAAGACGUUUCCAUUCAAGUUCUUUCUCCAUGUCGUGAACCCUUGAUCGAACGUACCGUUGAAUCUUUGGUCGGUGCCAAGAGAGCCAUUGUACAUAUCUAUCUCGCGACAUCACCAUGUUUCAGAGAAAUCGUUUUCAACAAUAUGUCUCAUGAAGAAAGUAUUGAAAAGGCUGUGAAAUGUGCCAAACUUGUUAGGUCCUUGACAAAAGACCAUCCGGAUAGACAAGAUACCCAUUGGUCAUUUGAGUUUUCUCCAGAAACGUUCAGCGAUAGUGAACCGGAUUUCGUUCUAGAGAUUUGUGAAGCUGUUAAGGCUGCUUGGGGACCCACUGAAGAUAAUCCAAUCAUUUUCAAUUUGCCAGCUACCGUCGAGAUGGCUACACCAAACGUGUACGCUGACCAAAUCGAAUAUUUCGCUCAAAGUAUCUCCGAACGUGAGAAAGUAUGUAUCUCUCUCCAUCCACAUAACGAUCGUGGGUGUGCUGUGGCAGCUGCAGAAUUAGCUCAAAUGGCUGGUGCAGAUCGUGUCGAGGGAUGUCUCUUCGGUAACGGUGAACGUACCGGUAACGUUGAUUUGGUUACCUUGGCAUUAAACCUCUACACACAGGGUGUAUCUCCAAACCUCGAUUUCUCCGAUAUGGCUUCUAUUAUUGAAGUCGUUGAGAAAUGUAAUAAGAUUCCCGUGCAUGCUAGAGCACCCUACGGAGGACAACUUGUCGUUUGUGCAUUCAGUGGUUCUCAUCAAGAUGCCAUCAAAAAGGGUUUCGAAAAAUACGACAACAAGGUUAAGGCUUUACAAGAAAAAGAGGGUCCAGAUGCAGUGGUACCUUGGAAAAUGCCAUAUCUCCCCUUGGAUCCUCAGGAUAUUGGAAGAACGUAUGAGGCUAUCAUCAGAGUCAACUCGCAAUCAGGUAAAGGUGGUUCUUCUUGGGUUAUCCUAAAGAACUUGGAGCUAGAUUUACCAAGAGAUCUACAAAUUGCAUACUCUAAGAUCGUUCAAAAUGAAACUGAGAUAGUCGGUAGAGAGUUGAAGAGCGAUGAACUAAUCUCUUUAUUCGAGAAAUCGUAUUUCGUUGGAUCUCAUUCAACUACUGGUAAAUUCAAGUUUAUCGACUAUAAAUAUGACAAAUCUCCGGAGAAUUUCACUCUUUCGGUGCAGCUAUCAGAUGGAACUACUCAAUGGGAUUUGGAAGGUACUGGUAACGGUCCAAUCUCUUCUUUCAUCGAUGCUGUGAAUAAAAACUUCAAAACUAAUCUUGAUGUGAAAAACUAUCAUGAGCAUUCCUUGGGUAAGAGUUCCGAUUCGAGAGCUGCUACUUAUAUCUCUGUCUCUCAUGAAGGAUUUGUUCAAUGGGGUGUUGGUAUUCAUGAGGAUACUACUCUGGCUUCAUUCUUGGCGUUGUUAUCUUGUAUAAACGGUCUUGAUAGGGCAAAGAACUUCACUGUCAAUUCAGCUGCCAAUUGA